AUGGAUUCGGACGACAAAGUCCACGUUGUGGUCUCCAAAGACGGUUCUGAACAGGCGAUUGAAAACGCCGUCUCAGAGAAGCCGGAUGAUGUUCGACGCGAUCGUCAUGGAUUUCCUCUUCUCCCCCAGCCGACUCGGUUUCGCGACGACCCCCUGAACUGGCCCUCAUGGCUGAAAUGGCUCGUGCUCCUCCAGGUUUCAUUCCUCGCCAUGCUGGGGCCGUUCAAUUCGGCGGUCGUCAACCCUGGAUUGGUGCCGCUCGCAAAGCUGUUCCACAUCCCUGUCGGCCAGGCGUCGUACCAGACGACCUCGGUCAUCAUCUCUGUGGGCAUUUCGCCAUUGUUCUGGACACCGCUGGCCAAUGUCUAUGGGAGACGACCGGUGUAUCUAAUCUCAACCCUCAUCGGAAUCGUUGCCACGGUCGGUAGCGGCGUCGCGAAAACAUGGCAUACUUUGAUCAUUGCUCGGGUUUUUAGUGGCGUUGGCGUCGGGGCAGCGAUGGCUCUGGGUGCUGCUACCGUCAACGACUUGUUCUUUCUGCAUGAGAGAGGCUUGAAGAUGGGCAUCUUUACUGUCUUCUUGACCAACGGGGCCCAUGUUGCACCAGUCAUCGGGGGCUACCUGGUACAGACAGCCGGGGUUCGAUGGGCAUACUACUUCCCGGCCAUCGUCAACUCUGUGACCUUUGUGGUUAUGGUCUUCGCCAUGCCUGAGACGCUGUUCUCUCGCUCCGAGAAGGUGCUCGCACAGCACGAAGAGAGGACCUACAUGCAGAUGCUCUUCAGCUUCCGCAGAAACGCGCUCCGAGACCGACGAGUCCACCUGCGAGAUUUCGUGCGACCCUUUGAGAUGAUGUACUAUCCCUCAGUGUUCCUGACGUGUCUCUACUACAUUGUCUCGUUCGCCUUCUCCUCCAUCCUACCAGCAGUGACAGUCGCCAUUCUGUUCACCAAGAUCUACCAUUUUAAGACCGGCGCUAUUGGACUCAUGCUCGGCCUCCCCCUGCUGAUCGGCUCGGCUCUUGGGGAGUUUCUCUCCGGACCCUUUUCGGACUGGUUCAUGUACCGAUAUGCGAAGAAACACGGAGGAGAGAGAAAGCCUGAAGCCCGACUGCCCGCGUCUCUUGGAAGCCUCCUGCUCUGCCCCACAGGAAUCAUCAUCUACGGCGUCUGCCUGUACCACAAGACCCACUGGAUGGGCCCUGUGAUGGGAAUGGCGAUCGCCAGCUUCGGCCUGCAGCUGGUGACCACGGUCAGCUAUGCCUACUGCAGCGACUGCUACAAGCCGCAGUCGGGAGAGAUCAGCAGCCUGUACAACUUUUGGCGGCAGACAUUUGCGUUUCCUCUCGGCUUUUACGCUCUCCCGUUCGCCAACGAGAUCACCAUCCAGUGGGCUUGGAUUACCCUUGCUCUACUAACGGCGGUGACAUCCAUGGGGAUUGUUGUUCUGAUAUUCAAGGGUGAAGAGUGGAGGAAGCGCAUCGGGCUUGAUACGGCAUCAGAGAUCUACAUACCGUGGUUGACCGGGUUCAAUGACCGGCUACUUACGAAUGCCAGGGAAUAUCAGCUCAGAUCGCUGGUAGACCUCAAGACACGAAGCAAUGUUGGAAUUGUCAGCGAAGGUGUGGAACAGGUUCAACAAGCUCCCUACUUUGACGACGACGACGAUGAUGAUGCCGCCGCCGCUUCCGCCGCCGAUGUCACAAUCCAGCGCAAAGUUACAAGCGUCCAGACGCCCCUUUCCACUAGUCCGUCAGAACCUCAAGAACCCGAGGCGUUCUUCGGAGAGUCGUCGACCUUCGCCUUCGUCUCCAAGGUUCAAACGACGAAUGCACCGCGACAAGGCCUCACGCCCGCGAAUAAGCGCCGCCGCCUAUCGAGUUCGCGAAGUUCUCAGACUCACAGCCUCGAUCCCGGCCUGACUCCCCGAGACGGCGAGGACACGUACGAACUUCCCUCGAAAGAUCUUGCAGACAGCCUUGUGGACUUGUACUUCAACCAUGUGCAUCGUCUCUACCCCUUUGUUCACGAGCCGAGCUUCAGAACCCAAUACGAACGAAUGUGGACCAGCGACGGGGAUCACUCUGACACGAAAGCCACCUGGCUGGCGGUUCUCAAUCUCAUUUUCGUUCAUGGAUGCGAGUUUCAUGAUCCCAUCGAAGGGAGAAGCGCCUCACAUUCGGCCACGCGAUUUCUUGUCCGGGCUCGAAACAUUGUGUUUGCGCAUAUCUUCAAGGAAGGCAAUUUGGAGCUCGUCCAGGCCCUACUUUUGAUGUGCCACUACCUCCAAGGCACUCUGGAGCUGACUGAAUGCUGGAGCCUGAGCGGACUCAUGAUCAGAACCUCCAUCAGCAUCGGUCUCCAUCUUAACCCUUCCCCCGCCAUGUCGGCGGUUGAAAGAGAAGUCAGAAAACGCGUGUGGUGGGGUUGCUUCGUGAUUGACCGGACUUUGAGCAUGAAAUUUGGCAGGCCGCCUUCCAUUCCCACGGGGAAUGCGUCAGAUGUCGAGCUUCCGUUGCCGGUCGACGAUCAAUAUAUCAUGAAUGACUCGAUUACACCUCGACAGCCUGCGAAUCGUCCGUCAUUGACGUCCUUCUUCAUUCGGACGAUCAAACUCGCACAUAUCAUCGACAGCGUCCUCCUCAAACUCUACUCUUCGUCGACAAAACCGUGGACUUCGACGGUGCCGUCUCCUAACAAGCAGGAUCAUUUCACCGAGAUAUUUGGUCACUCGGUGCUCUUGGAUGGGGAACUACUGUCCUGGUGGAAUGGCAACCCAUCCCAUCUGAAAGAGGAGCCUGACUAUCCGGAUGGCCCUGAUUUCCAGCGACAGCGUAAUGUCAUGUACAUUCGGUACGCCAGCCACUACAGGACUAUCGAAGGAGUCACUGACCUAGUGUGCAGGUUUCUGAAUGUCCGGCUAUUGCUCCAUCGCCAGUCAUUUCUGAUAUUCAGUCGACAAGAAAUCGAAGACAGUUUCCACAGAGACGUUGCCAUUGCCUCGUGCAACCGUUGCAUCUUGGCUGCUCGCGAGACCAUCAGGGUCAUCUACUCUCAGUAUCGUCGGGGCCUGCUGAAUUCUCUGUGGUACAAUCUCCACUGUAAGACACCACCCACGCACCCUGACUCCCGACUAAUAUCUACAGACGUAUUUACUGCUAUCGGAGUGCUCUUGACAUUACAGACGAUGGAAAGAUGGAAGCUAGAAGCGCUGGGUCAGAUCGGGCUGGACGAAACCCUGGAGCUGGGCAUGGAAUUUUUAAAGGUAGCCAGCAGUACCAGCACGCUGGCAUCGAGGUAUCUGAUCCUGCUCGAGCGCAUCCAGACUCAAGCGAGUGGUCGGGAGACUCCCCUUCCCGGCCAGCCCUCCAGUCAAGGCCAUCUAACACAGCACCAUCCGGAUAAUUCGGACCCGGCAUUGCCGCCGGCAGACAGGACUCCCUUGCAGCGACCACACGACGAGGGUCAAUUGAUGCUCAGCUCGGAUCUUAUCGACUUUGACGACUUGCUUUUUGGAACUGGUCUUCCGAGGGAUCUUCUUUCGGCUGAUUGGUCCGGCUUUGAUCCCCUAUGA